AUGUCGUUUCUCACAGGAUGGCAGUUACAAUGGGCCAUCACGGCUACUGCUGGCAGUGGCUUCUUAUUAUUCGGUUAUGAUCAGGGUGUGAUGUCUGGUUUGUUGAGUGGAGAUGCUUUCACUGCAAGAUUUCCUGAAAUUGAUACCACAUCAACGGGACAUGGAAGCUCAUCUUUACAAGGAACAGUUGUUGCUAUUUAUGAGAUUGGAUGCUUUUUGGGUGCCAUCAUGUCAUUACUUUUCGGUGAAAGGCUUGGUCGACGGAAGUGCAUCAUGGCUGGUAGUCUCAUCCUUAAAAUUGGUGCUGCCAUUCAAUGCAGUGCCUACGGUAUUCCGCAGUUGAUUGUUGGACGAAUCAUCGCUGGAGUUGGUAACGGUCUGAACACGAGUGCUAUCCCUGUGUGGCAUUCAGAGCUCAGCAAAGCCGCUAGUCGUGGCAAGGGGCUUGCUAUUGAAUUGGGAAUCAAUAUUUUUGGAGUGAUGACAGCUUACUGGAUUGAUUAUGGAUUUUCCUUUGUUGAAAGCGAAGCCCAAUUCCGUUUUCCGAUCGCGCUCCAAAUCCUCUUUGCCAUCGUUACAUUCCUCGGCAUUCUACUCAUCGAACAUGGAAACGAGGAUGAGGCCCGUCACAUCAUCUGGCGGUUACAAGAUAACGCCAAUGAGAUCGACGAACAUGAUGCUGUUGUUGGUAUAGACGUCCAGGAAAUCUCCCAGGCUAUUCGAGAAGAAAGGGAGGCAUCAGCCGAGGGUUCUUUCAAGCUCAUCUUCCAAAAUGGAGACCAGAAAUUCUUGUACCGGACUCUGCUUGGUAUGGGUGGACAGAUGAUGCAGCAGAUUUCGGGAAUCAACUUGAUCACCUACUAUGCAACUGAAAUCUUCGAAGACUCUGUGGGAAUGAGCCACAAUACCGCCCUGCUAUUGUCUGGAUUUAAUGGAAUUGCUUACUUCUUUUCUUCAUUGGUCCCUAUCUGGGUCAUUGACCGACUUGGUCGGCGUAAGCUGAUGAUGUUCGCCGUUGUCGGACAAGGUUGUUGUAUGGCUAUCCUCGCAGGUACCGUCUGGAAUGGCGGUCAUGCCGCGGGUAUUGUUGCGACAGUCAUGCUAUUCAUGUUCAACUUCUUUUUCGGAGUUGGCUUCUUAGUUAUUCCCUGGUUGCUCCCGGCCGAAUACUCUCCCCUGGCAAUCCGAACACAAUCAGCUGCUCUUGCAACGGCUACAAACUGGAUUUGCACAUUUUUGAUCGUUGAGAUUACACCUGUCAGCAUUUCUAACAUUGGAUACCGUACCUAUAUCUAUUUUGCCGUCUUCAACUUCUGCUUCUUGCCUCUCAUUUACUACUUCUACCCUGAGACUCGCAACCUCACUCUGGAGCAGAUUGACAAGCUGUUUACCGGGGAAAAAGUGAAGCUCUAUUGGCACCCGUCCAUGGGAAUGGCUGGUGAUGUAGAUGCCCGGAUUACUCAAGGAAAGGAGGUGGAAGCCUCAAAUGUUGAACAUGUGGAGUAA